AUGAGCUCCAGUCGCCCCGUGGCCGCCACGGCUGACCCGCAGCCACAUGACUCAUCCAGAGCCUCUGGCGAGUUGAUAAAUGAGCCUGGCGAUGGGCUGGAGCAAGAUGUCCUCGAUGAAGCCCUCAAGCAGGCCGCGGCGCUAAAACCUACCGACCGGGACCUGGACGGAGAAAAGCGCCUCCUGCCUGGCUUACAGCCCAGCGGAGAGUGGAGCCCCUGGGACGGGCCGGACAGAGGCGCGGGGCAGCGCGGAUUCCAGGCCGCUCUGCAGGUCAACCGGUCCGCGCCCCCCCGGCCUGCGCUCCGCGUGCAGAUCUGGAGCAAGGCGGCCAUUGGCCUGUACCUCUGGGAGCACGUGCUGGGAGGCCCGCUUGACCCGGCCGACGCGAAGGCUCAGUGGAGAGAGGGCGAGUUGGUUGUAGGAAGAACACACUACAGGUACCUGCUGCGCGUUUCUGUACCAAGUCACGGAAAUCCCGGGAGGAAACUGUGCCAAGUAGGGCCCCAGGGCCGCCUCCCCGGGGGAGAGCGGAUGCGCGCGGGCCGCGGGCACUGCCAGCCGGAUGCAGCCGCUGUUCGAGUCGUGUCUCUGCAGGAAGUGUGGGUGCUCGGCAACCGCCAGCGCCUCUGUGCCAGGUGGCAGCCCCAGGAGACCAACGAGAGCCUGCGCAGCUACCGGGACGCCCUGCUGCAGAGCGACCUCACGCUGUGCCCCGCGGGCGCCAACCCCGAGUGCUACCGCAUCUACGAGGCCUGCGCCUGCGGCUCGGUGCCCGUGGUGGAGGACGUGCCGGCCGCGGGCGGCUGCCAGCCCGCGCCCCUGCGGCUGCUCAAGGCCAUGGGCGCCCCGUUCAUCUUCGUGCGGAGCUGGGAGGAGCUCCCCGCGCUCCUGGAGAGGGAGCGGGCGGCGCCGCAGCGCGAGAAGGUGCAGCGGAGAAAGCGGCUGCUGCACUGGUACCAGCACUUCAAGGCGGAGCUGAAGGGGCGCUUCACCCGCGCUCUGGAGAGCUCCUUUCUAGCCAGCAAGGAAGACUAGCGCUGCCCUCCGGGAGCCCCGGCCCGUCCCCGCCUGGGGACAGCAGACCGCCGGUGGCCGCGCGGCCCGCACUCGCCCUGGCUCGAAGCGGGGAGCUGCACCGUGGGAGACGCCACGCGGGCGCGCACAUUCAGACGCCCAGUUGGCUUCGCCGUGGUGCCGGCGGGGAGCUCGCGGGGCGGCCCACGGGUCCUGCAGCCCGCUGGGCUGUCACCCCACACCCCGGCCAGGGAGGGACCCCAGCGCGCAGCAGCCCCCGUCUCCCGCUGCCCCCGCCGCAGGGGGUCUCAGUGGACCUGCCUGUUCUGCUCCCCCCUGUCCCUGGAGGGUCCGUUCACCCCCUGUACCUCUGGCCUGUACCCCAGUUCUUCUACACACAAAAUAAAAUCUAAUUUAUGGGGAAAGCUUUCUCAGUUCUUGCAAAAGCAAAAUGAAACUGAAGACGUGCUGAAUCCAUAGCACCAACUGGGAAGUCAAAACUAGCCAUGUUGCUAAAAAGAUGUUUUGCCAAUAAAAGCCUUUCGCGUCUAAUCUUUGCUUGGUAAAAUGUGCAGGAUCUU